AUGAAUGCAACUAACUGUAUCCAUAGCUCGUCUUGGUUCUACUUGACUGCGCUAUUCGAUUCCUAUUCCGAAUUCUACAAUUGGCGUCGCGGCAUGGAGUUGUGGAAUAUCGAACUUCUCAAUCUACAUUCACAUCCGUCUGGGAUUGAAGAAUGGGUGGAACGUUUCGAGCUCUGGUGCAGCCUACGGCGGAACGGAAAGCAGGAGCAGUUCAUACUACUCUUCAGGGUCAACGGAAAGGAAAUGUAUUCUCUAGUGAAGAAUAUCGGUUUCCCCGGUAAUCCGGCUAAGUUACAAUUCCAGGUGCUUAAACUAUUACUUCUUGCCCACAGGAUUCCUAUUGAUUUCCAAGCUACCGAGAGGGCAAAAUUCAAUUUGUUGGUUCGUGCCGAGUCAAUGCCCUGUCGAGAUUUCAUCCUUUUGCUCAACAAACAGACUUCCAAGUGUAAUUAUGGAGACAGACUGGAGGAGCAAUUGUGA